AUGGCCCAGCACCCAACUCUAAAACUUGAAUACUCAACCAACGAGGACAUUCCAUUUUGGCUUAAAGAUAUUACAAAGGAUUUCCAAGAUAUACAUAUCAAAAACAAAAUAAAAGACUCAAAUGGAAGUAGUGAAAUAUCAAAUCCCAAUUUUAUAAAAUCUAAAAAUGAACAUCUUAGAAUUAAGCGAAGAACUUCAUUAGACACGACGAUAGAUCUUAUAAAACCUCAGAAGCAAAUCGCCCAUUCCGCUGGUACUCUACGUUACAAUCGUAUAAAUGGUCAAACUCAGAAUGCUCGAAGAAAAGCUAUAAAUGAAAAUUUGGAUAUGGGUGAUGCAGCUACGGGUGUGUCAAAUGAUUUUCUAUCAGACCUUUUGCCACAUUAUGUUACUCCGAGACAUAGGCCUAUGAAUAACGCCAUUGAUGAGGACUUUAACGAUGUUAUAUUGGGAUCUCGCAUCCAAGAAUCUAAUAAGAAUGGAAAAAAAAGAUUACCUAAAGGUGCACUGAGUUCACGCCAAAAUAAUAACAAAAAUCUUUUGUCAAACGUGAUUAACUCAAGAAAUCCGCUGUCAAUUCCAAGUAAUAAAAGCAGAACAAAAGCAAAAAUUAAAAGCGAAUUUACGAUUCCCGAAUUGCCAAAAGGCAGAUUGUUGGAAAUUAAAAUUUACUCUAAUUGGGGGGAUAAAUUUUUAGUUGGAAUGAAUGGUAUUGAGAUGUUUGAUUCAGACGGCGACACGGUCGCAGUUGAAAAGAUAUGGUCGGAUUCGGAUAAAGGGGACUCGUCGAAGUUCGGCCGGCUGGAGAACAUCUGUACAGGGGCGGUGCGUACGCGCGACGAGCGGCAGGCGUGGAGCGCGCCCGCCGCCGCGCCCGUCGCGCUCAGCGCGCUGCUGGCGCGCCCGGCCACGCUGGCUUUGCUUAGGGUUUGGAAUUACAACAAGUCGCGCAUCUACUCAGCGCGUGGUGUCCGCCUCGUACAGAUCAAGUUAGAUGACCAAGUCAUAUUUCACGGGGAGAUCGCGCGCGCGAGUGGCGAAUUAAAGGGACCUUUGUCGACUUUUGGUGAUACAAUUCUCUUCACGAAAGACCCCCAAAUCCUUGAAUCAAUAUUGGUAAAUGAUAAGAAUUUCCAAGCUCUUCUAAAAGACAAUGAGCCGUUAAUUGAUGCUAGUACAAUUGAGAAGAGGCCGCCGACUGCAAAUGACAAUAAAAGUAGUCUGAGCCCAACCAGAUGUGAGGAAUUGGAUGACUUAGAGCGAGACGAAAAGUAUGUGGUGAAGCAAAUCAAAUUGACGUUAAUGUCUAAUUGGGGAGGAAAGCAUUUAAUUGGAUUGACAGGUAUAGACGUACUUUGCAACAACGAAUCUAUCAGAGUGCAUCGAGCGUAUGCGUAUACUUCCGACAUAAAUGAAGAAGAAAUACCAGAUCAAGGCUAUAUUGACUGUAAAAGCCUCUUUAAUGGGAAUAACAUUACAACAGACAGCGAUGAUAUGUGGUGUAUUGAUUUCUCUCCGGGAUCCAAAUUAGCACACAUUGUUAUGGAGUUUGCAGAACCUACUGAAGUGUCCUCGUGUGGAACUACAACGCGAGCCUGGAGCAGUCGUACUGCGGCGCGCGCGGCGUGCGCGUGCGCGCCCCCCGCCCCCCGCGCCGCCGCCGCGCUGCUGCGCCGCGCGCCCGGACACGCCUGCUACGACUACGUGCAGCACCUGCGCCUCGCCGCCGGCGCCGACCUGCCGCAGGCCUUAGAAGAGCAUGGCCCAGGAGUGGCAAGCCCGGCGCUGUCGCUAUGCGAGGCGGCGCCGACGGGCUUCGUGCUGCAGCUCAGCAUCUACUCGACGUGGGGCGACCCCUACUACGUGGGGCUCACCGGCGUGGAGCUGUACGCGCCCUGCGGCCGGCAAAUACACGUCACUGAGUCUAACGUGUGCGCGUACCCGGCCAGCGUGAACGUGCUGGGCGCGGGGGGCGGGGGCGGGGGGGACGCGCGCACGCCGGCGCGGCUGGUGGACGGGCGCCACGCGCGCGCCGCGCCGCACCACUCGUGGCUGGCGCCCGUGCUGCCGCGCACGCUCAACAGGGUAUUUUUUGUGUUCGACUCCCCGGUGUCAGUCUACGGGAUGAAGAUAUGGAACUACGCCAAAACACCCACCCGAGGUGUUAAGGAAUUCGGCGUGCUAAUGGACGACCUGCUGGUGUACACGGGCGCGCUGGACGCAGCGCGCGGCGAGCCCGCCGCGCAGUGGGUCUGUCUGCAGGACGGCGACGUCGACGCCUUGACGCCCACGUACGAUAUAAUCAUUAACAUUUUUAUUGGAACA